GCAUAUAGGGUAGGCACUAGGCAUGUUACAUCACUGGCAAUGUAUUCGUCAAUCGAUGACAGCGUCUAGGGUUCACAAACAUUGAACAGCUGUGGUCUUUGUUCGCGGCUCGGCAGCGACUGGCGGCCAAGAGAGCGGCAGCGGCAACACCACCAGUCAGUAGCACACCAGCCUGCGCGUCGGCUCCACGCUCGACCUUUCCGGAACACUAACCUACUGAUCCUAUCGAAUUAGGAUACAUUAUCUGUGCAGUGUCUGUGAAUUUUUAUUUGUGCAUCGUGUGUGUUUCAGGGUAUAGUACUUCACAAUGGUAAUGGUGCGAUGACGUCCGAACUGACGAUGGAGUCGAAGGGCACCCAGAUCCACCUGCCGCUGGUCGGGCGCGGCAGCCGCGGGGAGCUGGGUGACAAGGUGACCUUUAGCCAGGUCAAGAGCCCGCCUUUCGCGGAGCAGCUCAACAAUGGACAAGUGCUUGGAGGCUCACAAAUUAACCUCUGCAAUGGAGGGGCUGGCACGGCCGCCAUGACCGGCCUCGUCCGCAAGAUCCCCAACGGUUACGACCAGAAGAAACCAAUGGCGUCCCUCACACACUUACCCAAACGUCCGCCGGUCGACAUCGAGUUCUCUGACCUCUCUUACUCGGUCAGCGAGGGUCGGAAGCGGGGCUACAAGGCUCUGCUGAAGUGCAUCAAUGGCACCUUCAGGUCUGGAGAGCUGACUGCGAUCAUGGGGCCUUCUGGUGCGGGGAAGAGCACGCUUAUGAACAUUUUAGCGGGUUACAAAACUUCAAACGUCAGCGGUUCGGUGCUCAUCAAUGGCAAGGAGCGAAACCUGAGGCGGUUUAGAAAGCUGUCGUGCUAUAUUAUGCAGGACGACUGCCUUUUACCUCAUUUGACAGUGAAAGAGGCCAUGCAUGUGUCAGCGAAUCUGAAGCUAGGGAAGGACAUGUCAGUGCAAGCAAAGAAAAUAGUGAUCAAUGAGAUUAUAGAAACGUUAGGGCUAGUCGACGCGAGUGAUACACGGACGAUUAAUCUAUCGGGCGGACAGCGCAAACGUCUGUCCAUAGCUUUAGAGUUAGUGAACAAUCCCCCUGUGAUGUUCUUCGACGAGCCGACCUCCGGGUUGGACAGCUCCUCGUGUUUCCAAUGCAUAUCGCUUCUGAAGAGCCUGGCGCGGGGCGGGCGCACGAUCAUCUGCACGAUCCACCAGCCGUCGGCGCGGCUGUUCGAGAUGUUCGACUACCUGUACACGCUGGCGGAGGGCCAGUGCAUCUACCAGGGCAAGGUCAAGGACUUGGUGCCGUUCCUGUCCAACAUGGGCCUCAACUGCCCGAGCUACCACAAUCCUGCUGACUACGUGAUGGAGGUAGCGACGGGAGAGCACGGCGACUGGGUCCACAAGUUGGUAAUGGCGGUGAACAAGGGCAACUGCGGGCGCGUGCAGCCAUCGGCCGCGCCGCAGAACUCAAACUACAACAACCAGGCCAAGAACAACGUCAAACUGGAAGUGGUCAUGGACAAGCCAACCUGCACAGUAAUAGACAUGUCGGGCCCAACUCCGAACCCAGAGAAGCAGAAUGCUCUUCCCAAUUCCACCAACCUCGCCCCGGUGACGUGCACCACCUCUCUCCUGGACUCCAGCGAGAGCUUCUCCAAGAAACCCAUCAAAACUGGCUUCCCUACAUCAGGCUUCAAGCAAUUCUGGAUAUUAUUAAAGAGGACCUUUAAAAGCAUUCUUAGAGAUCAGAUGUUGACGCAUUUAAGGCUGUGUUCGCAUACGGUGGUCGGGCUGCUGAUUGGAUUCUUGUACUACGAUAUUGGUUCGGACGCCGCGAAGGUCAUGAGCAACGCUGGAUGUAUAUUCUUCACUGUUAUGUUCACGAUGUUUACGGCUAUGAUGCCUACAAUCCUUACAUUCCCAACGGAAAUGAGUGUGUUUGUGAGAGAGCAUUUAAAUUACUGGUACUCUUUGAAAGCAUUCUACUUCGCGAAAACGCUAGCGGACUUACCCUUCCAGAUAGUGUUCAGCGGCGUAUACGUAAUAAUAGUAUACUUCAUGACGGGUCAGCCGAUGCAGACGGACCGGGUGUUGAUGUUCACCACCAUCAACAUCCUGACGGCGCUGGUGGCGCAGUCGCUGGGGCUGCUCAUCGGCGCCGCCAUGAAGAUCGAGACCGGCGUCUACCUCGGCCCCGUCACCACCAUCCCGGUCGUGCUGUUCUCAGGGUUCUUCGUGAACUUCAAAGCCAUCCCCAGCUAUCUGCAGUGGCUAACGUACUUAAGCUACGUCAGAUAUGGCUUCGAAGGUGCCAUGCUCUCCGUGUACGGCUACGGGCGCGAGAAACUCCACUGCUCAGAGGUGUACUGCCACUUCAGGAAGCCGGACACCUUCCUUAAGGAGAUGACCAUGGACAAAGCCAACUUCUGGAUAGACGUAGGAGCGCUUAUCGCGUUUUUCGUAUUCAUCAGACUCGUUUCGUACUUAGUGCUAAGGUUCAAACUGAAGAUGAUGCAGUAGGCACAAAUUUAGGCUUUGUUAAGGACCUUUUCCAUGAGUAGAAUUUUGGAAUCGUAAGAUGUACAUUUGCAUUAGGCUACGCUGUAUUUAGACGCUAUAGUCGAUUAUGGGCGCCCUGCGGAUGUACUAAUCGAUUCAGCAAAGCUGAUAUGUGCUAAUCGAAAUCGGUGAAAAGAAAUAUAUAUUAACGCGUCAGGAUGUGUCAAAGUCGUCUGAAAUUACAAGCAAGUAUAUCCUGAUAAUAAUCAGGAUAGGAUUGCCUGAUGGAUAUUGCUUGGUCGAGGUUGACCAAGCAUUUACUGUAAUGGGAGCCUUAAAUUUAACGUUUGAAAGAAUUGAGUAAUUCUAUUAAAUAUUAUGAGCGAAUUGCACAUUUGCGGCCUAUUUGACUUAAUCCAAUCAUAAUACAUAUAUAUCAAAGUAUUUAAUAGAGACACGGAAAAUAGUGCCAAGAGUUCAAACGAAACACUUUAAUGCAUAGACAAUAUGGUCGAGUUUGCAUAUUUUUGGCACUUUAUUCGUGUCAAUAUUGAAUACGUUAAUACAACUGGAGAACGGUUCCAAACUCAAAUUAUCAAACCUAAUAAUUUAAAUAGGUUGACAUCAAUCGUAUCGAAAUAGGAGAACGUUAUAAUUAGAGUAUAUUUAAUGAAAGGUUUAGUAAUAGUUAUCUAGUUGUCGACUCAGCCUUUAAAAGUAAUAUUAAGGCACGCAUGUUCCAAUAGUUUUAAGUAUGCGGAACUACCAUGAGAUUGUAUGAAACUUGUUAAUUACUGAAAUCAGACUGGAAACUGUAUUUCAUUUAUCUAAUUUCUGCUCAAGUCGUCAUUUCAUAGUCAUGCUCAAGCAGUCUUGGGUUUUUGGAUUAUAGGUAUUUGGCUUUGUGAAUAUCGAUGUGAUAAUUCUAUAAGCAUCUAACCCCCUUAUUCAUAAACGUUCACUAAAGUUAUCAAGCCGAUAAAGUUCGUUUGUCCCUUUCAAUCACACCAAUACGUCGGAAAGGGAUAAACGAACUUCAUCGGCUUGAUAACUUAAGUGAACGUUUAUGAUAAUAUGAAGAAGGGGAUUAAUAUCUAAGAGUUAGUUAAGUCAGUACUUACUGCUAAAAACGUCCAGGCCCUGUUCCUUAGUAUGAUAUAUGAAAGGAACUGCUACGCAUACUACUUUACAAUGUUUACAUAUAUGAAUAUGAUGCGAUCAUUGAGUGUAAAAUUAUUCGUGACGGACAGUUAACAAUGAGAAUAUUAUUGUGAAAUGCGAUUAGAUUAUAACCUGUGUAAUACAGCUCAUGGCAAGUUCAGAUUGACUGUAGUUAGUUAGUUAGGUACAGUUAGAAGGAAAGUUAAUGUUUCCGUCAACGAUUUACUAUCGGUCACUAAAAGUAGAAGAUAUAGGUAAAACGUUGGUAUGGAUUGUACAUCACAAUGACGGUGUGGCAAAUCUAAUGUAUGGUCGGACAAUACCAACCAAGCUAUAUCACACAUUUGUUCCCUAUAUAUUAUAUUCCUGCAUGACUUGAUGAGUCAGUCAAUCUAUUCACAGAAUUUCACAGAGAAAAUCGAUUAUCUUUGUCUUGCAUUAGCAUC